GCAGAGCGCAACACACCCGCCCAGUGUCCCCGGGAUGAGAGAGGACGGCUGUUUCGCUAGAAAAAGAACAGGGAAAUGAAGUUGUCAGACAGGCUAGCCCCGCAGCUCUCCACGUUCAACUCGGCCCCUUUCAAGUUCAGAAGGCAGCUUUAGAUGACAAAAUCAGCGCUAUGACCGUCAGUUAGCGAGUGUCACUCAGCUACGGGACUAUCAGAUAACGUUCCCUACAGUUUAGAGCAGCGACACACAGUAAAGAAAGUGGAGGCAACUCGCUAUCUCGCUAACUAACCUCUAGCAGUCGAGUGUCUUUCGGUUUCAGGGCGACACCUCAUUUGGAUUGGAUUACCUGUUACCUGUCUUCAGUCAUGCCUUUUCCUUUCGGAAAGUCCCAGAAGAAUCCAGCUGAAAUAGUCAGGAGUUUGAAGGAGAAUGUUGCACACAUGGAGAAGUUGGAUGCUGCAGACAGCAAAAAGUGUGAAAAGGUUGCAGAAGAAGUGUCCAAAAACCUUGCUUCCCUGAAGGAGGUGCUGAGUGGGACAGGGGACAAGGAGCCUCAAACUGAAGCUGUGGCCCAACUGGCGCAAGAAUUAUACAACACCAACCUUCUCAUCGCACUCAUCGCAAACCUGCAGAAGAUUGAUUUCGAGGGCAAGAAGGAUGUGGUCCAUUUGUUCAGCAAUAUUGUGAGACGUCAGAUUGGCAGCCGCACACCCACCGUCGAAUACAUCUCCACGCACCCAGAAAUCCUCUUCAUGCUUCUGAAAGGAUACGAGAGCCCAGAAGUGGCUCUGAACUGCGGCAUGAUGUUGAGAGAGUGUCUGCGUCACGAGCCGCUGGCCCGGUCGGUGCUCUUCUCCGAGGAUUUCUACUGCUUCUUCCUUUACGUGGAGCUCUCCACCUUCGACAUCGCCUCGGACGCCUUCGCCUCUUUCAAGGAUCUUCUCACAAGACACAAGAUGAUGUGUGCGGAUUUUCUGGAGAACAACUAUGACAGGGUGUUCACGGAGUACGAAAAACUGCUGCAUUCUGAUAACUACGUCACCAAGCGGCAGUCUUUAAAGCUCCUCGGGGAACUCCUGCUGGAUAGACACAACUUCACUGUCAUGACAAAUUACAUCAGUCGAGCAGAGAACUUGAAGCUGAUGAUGAACCUCCUGCGAGACAACAGCCGCAACAUCCAGUUUGAAGCAUUCCACGUCUUUAAGGUUUUUGUUGCAAACCCAAACAAGACGCAGCCAGUACUAGACAUCCUGCUGAAGAACCAGGCCAAGCUGGUGGACUUCCUGAGCCACUUCCAGACGGACCGGUCCGAAGACGAGCAGUUCUGCGACGAGAAGAACUACCUGAUCAAGCAGAUCCGAGACCUGAAGAGACCGACCGCAUCCGAGGAGUCUUAGAGCCGGAGAGGAACGAAGCGUUCUCCUCCGGCAGUAGCGUAGUGAGUCGAAAGUGGAAAAAAACCCAAACCUUUUAAGAAUAUAAUUUCAAAUAGAAAAACAUAGGAAAAGAUGAUUCGAUUUCUCAUUUUUCUGGUUUAGCGUGAAUACGGAGGCGACUCUGUACGUCACCCGGGUGGGCCGAGAACUGUUCUUUAAACCACAGUGCUUUUUAUUUAGUGACAGUGGAAUGCCUUUGCUCUGCUUGUGCAAUGUUGGAUCUCAAACUGUUACUCCUUCACGUAGAGUGUUGCUUAAAACUUCCCAACAUUUCCACGGGCUCUAGAGAUGUUCUCAUAAAGCAAAUUUCCUUAACUUGUCUAUAUUAUAAAGAUUGAAAUGCUGAGAGGUAAAAUAUAUUAUUUUUCUAAUGUAACUGCUUCCUCUAAGCGAUCCAGUUUGCUUUAUUAUUUGCAUUAUUGUACAUUUUCUCUGUCUGUCUGUGUGGGAGUUGAAUGAUCUCUUUGAAAUGCGGCCGUGGCAGAGUGGCAUGUGUCUCUCUUUGUUGGCAGGGUCGGCAGCCAGGGUCUUUGCUUGCUUUUGCCCGUCUGGCAGCAGUCGGACGUGAAUCCAGCAGUGCUGUAUUUGUCUAUGCAGGGGAGCACAAGUCAAAAGCGACAAGGAAUCGAUCAAAUCUGUUGCGGAUUUUUUUUUUUUUUUUAACUAUUAUUAUUAAUAUUGUUAUUCUGAGGUUGCGUCUGGCAACGCUUACAUGACUGAAAUAGAAACAAAGAAUCAAAUAACGCUGCAGGGUUCUCAGCCAGACAAUUGAUCUCGCAGAAAGCACUCCAUGUCAUUUCCACAUGCAGAAUACUCAUAGUACUACAUUAAUAAAGCUUAAUAACUAAUAACAGCUGUUUGCAUGGUAAUGGCUGCACUUAUGGAUGCAGCCCCAACUGGACAAACAGUUUGGUUUUUAGGUUUUGUUGAUCUAAAUAUGUUUAGAGAUGCAUCGAUUAGAGUCUGGUGGCCAGUUUCCAAUCACCUAUUUCAUGACGCCAUUUCUUUUCUGGAAUAUUAUUUCAAAAUGAAUAACAUCAGUGUCCAACUUAAUAACAAAAUACAUAUCUGCUGUUAUCUGGUGUAUUGUUAAGCCAUUGAUUUAUUUAUUGCCUUAAGCAGCCUUUCUGUGAUCACUCAUUAACUAUUUAUUUUAGAACCGGAGGUGAUGUCACACUGUGUGAGGGAGUGAGAUGUUGGUGUUACACAGCUCUGCCGUUGAGCAGGAUUUUAAUGCCGUUUCAAACCAAAGACAAAAUGAUUACAGGUAACGUUUGAAACUCUUUGGAUUACCACAGCUAGCAUUGCUAACAGCAGUCUCUGUGUGUAUUCCUACGGUCAGUAAAACUUUACCUUAACUCUAAUAUUUCCAAAGACUUGCAUUUCACUUUCAGAAUGUUCCAUGACUAACAGAGUUAGAUUAAACAGAGCCUUCCUGUUAUUCCCUCGUUUAAACAACUCCCUGCCGUCACAGCUGACACGCGUCUCUAAAAAAAACAACCUUUCUUUCUGGAACCGCCUUAAAGCUUUUCUUCCUUCUACUGAUGGCGUGUUUUAAAUCCUCUUGAUUCGGUAACAAUAUCCAGCGAACUCAUACGUGAUGUGUUCACUGAUCACAAACUUUAAAAACUGGUGCAGCGUAAAAUCAUCCUAUUCGGGCCACCAAUUACUGUCUCAGUGCAUCUCUGCUUAUGGUGAAUAAUUUAAAUAGACUUUUAAUAUGUUUGAUGUUACAAUAAUACUGGGGAAGGUCGGAUGUCACGACAUAGUAAAAUUAGAAGGACAGUUUGAAGAGCGUAGCCUGCCUGAGUCUUUGGGCGGCGUUGGGGACCAGUGCUGGUUUUACCGCUAAUAUGCAUUAAAUAUCCUGCUAGAGUGAUUCAUCCUAAACCUUUUCUCCUUGCCAUUGCGAUUAAAAAACCCAAAAGUCAAGAAAUCAUCAUUUGAAAAUGGUUAUCUACCACCUUACUAGAACAUUUUGAAAAGACAGUACAUGUACGCGAGCACUUUUGUGCCGCUUCAAUUUCUCAGUGGAAAAGAAAGUUUUUGACAUUUCUCUGGUUGGUGUAGCUCAUGUUAAUUCAUAACGAAUUGCACUGUGCCACCGUGUGAUGGAUGUGAUGGUGCCUUAUUUAAAGACAUGUAACUGAUAGUAAAGGUUGUGUAAGACUCCAGACCUCUGAUCAUGCUUAUAAGCCAAAGUCACAAUGACGGGAGAUGUCAUUUUGUAAUUUUCUGAAAGUAAUGCAGAAAUCUCUUUAAAAUAAUCAUUUGUAACUCCCCAACGUGAAGCACAAUUCUGUUAACAUACAUGGGGGGCAGGGGGGGGGGGGUGUCAAAAUGUGUAGUGAGGUUAAAUUUACAUCCCCAGGAGUUUAAACAUCUUGCUGUGUUUAGGAGUACUAAAACUGGCGUCUAACAAAAGUAAACAAGACUUCGAUUUAACUUAUAUUUUAAACACAUUUUUGUUUUAUUUGCCGAUUAUGUAAAUAUGGAAUCCUUUUGUUUUUUUUUGAGAUUUAAGUCCAGGCAUGACAUGCACUUUGAAGAAGAAAAAAAAAAGGGUGUGUUGUUCACAGCUGUUCCCACCAGGGGGAGCUGUAGGCAACAGCUGGGCACCUCGCUUAAAGUUGUACAAGCGCAGCGUUUCAAGUUUCUGGAACCCUACCUCUUAUAGGGAGAUAACACAGGACUGCGUAAAAGUCUCUUCUCUUUAUAUUUUGCUGAUGAACUGAAGCAUGCAAAAACAGGAAUGGAACUGCAACAGAUGAGGCAAAAUCAGAGUUUGUGUUAUUCUAAUGUGGUUAAAGGUAGUCUAUGCCAGGACUAACUGAGCUCUUACUGGUAGGCCCCCUUGUUAUUUCUUCAGGAAUAUAAAGUGUUGAGUUCCUGUUCUGUGUCAAGAGUGUCCCACUUUGAUAUUGAAAAACAAGGACCUGAAAAUUGAAUAAAUUAUCUGACAGAUUGGCCUGAACUUAAUGCGUUUUUUUAAUGUUGAAGAGUUCAGAGGUGAUUAUUGGGUUAAGAAAAGUGACGAAUCUUUUUCUAAAAAUGGUCAGACGAAAACAGAAGACUGAAAAAUGACUGAAAAGUUGUAAGAACCUUCGAGAGCCUGGAGAGCCAAUCCUUGGACCCACUUUAAACUUGCAGCAUGCGAGUCUUUGAAAGCAAAUUCAAACACAUGGCUCAAGACUUUUGCACAGUCCUGUACAUCUCUAGCAACACCAUGUAUACAUCAAAUUUAAUUAUUAAAGAUCAAUAGUAUAUAUUCCUUGAUUAUUUUUUUUUUAAGUUUUCUUUAUCUCGUGCUUAUUAGUUUUUCAUUAUUUUGCUACCUUCUCUUUUUCACCCCUUACUUUUUCCACACUGGAUAUUUUAUUUACCAUGGGAGCAAAUUAAGUGUACAUAACAAAGGAUAAUUGAAGUGUGAACGCAUUUAUGAAAAUAAAAGUGUUUUGGCGA